AACACCCAGCUCAAGGGAGAGGAGAAGAGACAAGGGGGCAUUUUAACAGCAGCUCCACUUGCGGAUAGCCAGCCUCAAUCCCGGCUCCAGCAUUAAAACCCUUUCCGCCCCCUAAAAACCAGCAUCCGUGCAAGUUGGACCAAGAGUUUGUCAGGAGUGUGGUUCAAAACUGCUUGGAAAAAGGGAUGAGGACAUCUGAUGAACCUUUUGGAGCUUGUUACCAGAGACCAUUCUCCUCUCUUCAUUGAAUCAUGCACUGCCCAGCUGUGAAACAUCGCGACAUUUAUUUUGGCUAACAGGAAACACUUUUAAAUAUCGUUCUGUCUUUCUCCUACAAGAGUUCACUCCAGUGCUGUCAGAAGGUCACGGAACAGGGCACUACCUGUGCUGCCCUGGGGCUGUUGAUGUCCUCAGCUGUUGUAGGAGAAACACUAGACCUGGAACCCAGUUUGUUACUGGACUUGUGGAAGAGGAAACAUAAAGAUUUCCAGAUGAAUAACCGAAAGGAAGAUAUGGAGAUUGCUUCCCACUACCGUCACCUGCUGCGGGAGCUGAACGAGCAGCGGCAGCACGGCAUCCUCUGCGACGUCUGCAUCAUCGUGGAGGGCAAGAUCUUCAAGGCUCACAAGAACGUCCUCCUGGGCAGCAGCCGCUACUUCAAGACUCUGUACUGCCAGGUGCAGAAAACCUCUGACCAGGCCACAGUCACCCACCUGGACAUUGUCACCGCACAGGGCUUCAAGGCAAUCAUUGACUUCAUGUAUUCCGCGCACCUGGCGCUGACCAGCCGCAACGUCAUCGAGGUGAUGUCGGCUGCCAGCUACCUGCAGAUGACAGACAUCGUGCAGGCCUGUCACAACUUCAUCAAAGCUGCUCUGGACAUCAGCAUAAAGUCUGAUGCCUCGGAGGACCUCGUUGAUUAUGAGCUGGGAGCCCCUUCCAGCAGCAGCACGGACGCUUUGAUUUCGGCGGUGGUGGCUGGCAGGAGCAUAUCUCCGUGGUUGGCUCGGAGAACCAGCCCGGCAAACUCCUCUGGAGACUCAGCUAUUGCCAGCUGCCACGAAGGAGGGAGUAGUUAUGGAAAAGAGGAUCAAGAGCCAAAAACAGACAGCCACGAGGACAUUUCGUCCCAGUCUCUCUGGGCCAGUGACAUGGGCUAUGGGUCUUUACGUAUCAAAGAGGAACAGGUUUCACCGUCGCAUUAUGGAGGGGGUGAGCUUCAUUCUGCCAAGGAUAGUGCAAUACAGACUGGGUUCUCGGAGCAAGGAGUGGGGGAGGGCUGGCAGCCCACGGGGCGCAGGAAGAACAGGAAAAACAAAGAAACUGUGCGGCACAUUACGCAGCAAGUGGAGGACGACAGCAGGGCAAACUCCCCAGUGCUGCCUUUUUCACCUGCCUCGGGAUGGCCAUACAGCAGUCGAGACCCAAGUGCUGAUGUGACAGGGACAGAGCCCAGCAGCUCUGACAGCAGGGGGGAGCGGCCGGACCCCUACUCCAACGUGGAGGAAGCUCUCCUGGGCGGGGAAUCCAGCUACAUCCACCAGCCCCUGACUCCAGAGAAGGAGGACGCGCUCCAGGCCGCCACGGUUGCCAACCUGCGCGCGGCUCUCAUGAGUAAGAACAGUUUGCUGUCCCUGAAGGCCGACAUGCUGGGCGAGGACAGCUCCCUGCUCUUCGAGUACCUACCCAAAGGCACCCACUCGCUCUCUCGGCCUGGCACCAACUCGAAUCCUUCAAGGGGCGAAUGUGAUGGCAAAGUGGAAGCACCAUCUCCCCCGCUGCCUUCAGCACACCUUGCCACUCAGAGCCCCCCCGGGAUCUGCUCUUCUGGUGAAUUGUCACCAGAAACUGUGAUAAAAGGAGAGGUGCCUUCCUCAACCCAGGCCGCUUACGACAGAGUGUUGGCACUUUGGCAGUUUGAUAACUCUGACUCAGAUACGAGUUUCUCGAGGCCCGAAGACACGGACCUUGCCGCCGAUGGGACGUUCCUGGAUUCGGCCCUGGCCAAGAGGCUGACCUGUGGUUUCUGCAGGAGGGUGUUCCAGUGUGCUGAGGAGCUGAAGGAGCACAUCCAUGAGCACGCCUUCUCCAUGCUCCUCCCGCUGGAUGUGGUUGACUGCUCCCGGCCCGGCCUCGCCGACAGCGUUCCUGCCGGCCAGCUCGGCCGCUUCCAGUGCUCCAAGUGCCCCGCGAGCUUCACUCUGAAAUCCAACAUGGAUCGGCACGAAAAGACCAUCCACUUCCACUUCAACGAGUUCACAGUCAUCAGGAAGAAGUUCAAGUGCCCGUACUGCAGCUUUUCAGCCAUGCAUCAGUGCAUCCUGAAGAGACACAUGCGAUCCCACACGGGAGAAAGGCCCUAUCCCUGCGAGAUCUGUGGGAAGAAGUUCACCCGCCGGGAGCACAUGAAGCGGCACACCUUGGUCCACAGCAAAGACAAAAAGUACGUCUGCAAGGUGUGCAACCGGGUGUUCAUGUCGGCGGCCAGCGUGGGGAUCAAACACGGCUCCCGCCGCCACGGCGUCUGUGCCGACUGCUCCGGCCGCGGCAUCGCCGGGCACCUGGACCACAACGGGGGAGAAGGGUCUCCAGACGAGUGUUACCCUGGGGAAGGGCAGUACAUGGAAGACCCGGAUGACAUCAAAGUGGAAGGAGACGAGGAGAUGGGAGACGACGACGACAUCAAGUGGAAGGACGACGUGGGGAUGUCACAAGAUGAUGUGAUUUUAGAUGACGACAAAGAUGUUGACUCCCCGCAGGAGCCGGACAACUCUGGGGAGAACGACAAGGAUUUUACCUGGAUUUCUUAGGGAUUACUUUUUGUUUGGUUUUUGUUUCACUCUGUUGUUUGUAGGGGGAGGGAGGGUGGGGAGGAAGGAGUAUGUUGGAAAAAACUUAAGUAGCCUUGUUGUCGUCCAUGUGUGCAAAAUAACUCUCGUGUUUUCUAAACAAGUCCUUCUCUGUUCCACUCAGACACUGUCUUAGCAGUGUCGCUUCCAGCGGCACGACUGACUUCGCCUUCCCUUUUCCUCCUUCUCCCCCUGGGAGCCCCCACCCGCCCCUCCGGCCGAGCCAGUCAGGAUGCAUGUGAGGGAGGUGGAAUUUCUGCAGGUGUGAGGAGGCUGGGUGAAGCAUGAGUCCUCCUCCCCUUCCCACCCUGAACCGAGCACCAGGGAGGUUUUUGUGUCCGAAGCAGGUUGGUUGGUUGGUUGGGGUUUUUUUAACACCUUAUCUGUGCUAAAAUCCCAGCAGCAGUGGAAUUCCAAGCUAACAUUGUGAAAGCAGAUGGAUGCAUGCGUUGGAGGGCUUCCCCUGAUGACACAAGCCUUUUGCAAAGUUAUUUAAAGAGUUUUUAUUAUUUUUUAUGGAGCCAAAUAGAUCAAAAGGCAAGUCAGACUACAGCCUUACAAAUACUUCUCUGAGACCCUCAGCUUCCAAAAGAAUCACCAUCAAAGACAGAUUGUGACUUUUCUUGGACCUACUGGCAUCUUACCCACAUCCUGUCUUCCAGCCUUGGUUAUCCGCGGGCGCCGAAACGCGUGUUGGUGCUUCCGGAAGCACCUUUUGCUCUAGAGGACACAGGUGGUUCUGUACCUGUCAUUCUUCUCCACAAAUAUCUCCACUUCUCCCCCUUUGCUCAGCUGCCUUUUUCGUAAAUAUAUGCAAACCGUAGCAAAAACGAGGCAUUCGGCCAAGUGCAGGAUGAGCUGGGAAAGGCAAGAAGCCAAGGUGAGGAGAUCCCAGUGGGGUGGAAUCUUGCUGCUCCUGUCCCAUGGACUGUGGUGGGGCCAGGAUUUCACCUGGGUACCUCGUUCUUCCUUGCCAAUUUAAACAUUCAUCACUGGUAGGUGUAACAAACACCUACUUAAUUGAUGACAAAAACCUUCAGCGUUAGCUGUGCUGGUUUCGUGUAAAUUUUCAAAUAAACCAUUUUUUUCUUUAAAUAAGAAGCAGGUUUCUCUCCCAGAGUCUCCUCAGACUGUGUGGGGCCGCUCCAGGUAUUUGGAUUCUCCCUGUUCAUAUCGGCCACUGUUGCCUUCUUCCAGCUACACCUACAUAACAGUAACAACGUGUAUUGGAAGUGUCUUGUUCCUGAGAUGCAGCUUGUUCUACCUUCACUUCUUUGCUUCUGGUGCUUUUUUUAAACAAUAAUAAAAAAAAAAGCUGAAGACCUCACUCCUUCCUUACCAUCGAGCAGUUUUCUAUGAUGUCUGUGACAGUGGUACCUUGAAACCUGCCACAAAAGACAACCCAGAAGCCAAAUGACUCAAGGUGCUAUUUUCCUCCCUGCAGGCCAGAGAGCAUUCCUGCAGGCCUGGUGGUCCCUAAGGAAAAGUGUGGUUCCACCCAGCAAAGGAAUUAAAAGCAUAUUGUACAUAAACUCCCAUAAAGAAAAUCAUCUGGAAGGAUUUAAGGCACUCGGUGCCGGGAUUUGGUGGAGUGCAGUGGGAGCUUCUGUCCUGGCACUUGCAGGAGCUGGUUCUCUGUUCAUUCCCUGAUUCCAGUUGCAUCCUGGGUUUAUGGCAUUCAGUCCUUUUCUCUCUGCUCCUCAGUUCCUUGCGGACAUUCAUUCACCACGUCCUGUCUGCAUCCAUCAUCCCAGUUCACGCUGGGAGCCUCCCAGCUCCCAGGCUCCUGCUGGGUUGGUCUGGGGGGUGCCUCAGCAGUGUGGGAACACGGGUCUUUCCUAAAAUCCUCUGUGAGGCCAUGCCAGCAUCGUUGCUGCUGCUCCUUGGACUGGAGGAGUUAGUGGGACUUGUUGCUUUUGCCAGUGAGCAUGGAUAACCCUCUCCCUUAAAUAUGGGAAGAGCAGAGUGGGUUGUGCAGGAACAUUUUGAUUAACCUGUAAAAAUCUCAUUUUGCAUUUUAGCUUCUUUUCCUUCUCUUCCCCUAUUUAAAAAGCUGUAAAAACCCACCCAGUAGGUCUUGAUUGGACCUUUAUAUACCUUUUCCCAGCAGUUUUUGGGGGGGGGGGGUGUUCCAGAAUGAGGACGUUCCCUUAUCCCACUUCUGGCCCCCCGGCGUGCGGGCUCUGUAUUUAUUGUCAUUUACCCUGUAAAUAUGGAGGGGGUGGGGGUGCCUGAGGUCCUGAACGUGCAGCCUCACCUGUUAAGUGUAGACAAAUACAUACAGUACUUAAAGAUUUAUCAGUAGCUUUGCUUUUUAUAUGUAAAAAUCUAUUUAAAAAAAGAAUUUUAAGACCCAAACAGUUCAAACCCCUGGGUUUGUGUGACAUUCCGAUCGCCCAUCCCCUCUGAUUCCAGCGUGUGCAUCCACCUUCCAAGGAGGAGCAGGUGUGGCCUGAGUCCCCCUCUUCCUCCUGCCCUCGCCCUUGGGUGACUCGAUUUUGUAAUUGGAGUUACGGGGUGCUGAGCUUGACUUCACAAUUCCUUUGGAAAUGCUGUAUUAUUUUCUUGUCUUUCCUUAUUUUUAUUAAGGGUGGGCAGAGAGCCAGGCAGCGCUCAGGAGUGUUCCCUAAUUGUGCCACUUCGAGGCUCUUUGAGCUGAGGAUGCAAAAAAUAAAGGCAAAUUG